GGCAUCAUCAUGGCGGACGCGGCUUUGGACGCCGUGCGAAGGGAGUUACGGGAGUUCCCGGCUGCGGCAAGAGAGCUCAGCGUGCCUCUUGCUGUGCCCUACCUGGACAAGCCCCCGGGUCCACUCCACUUCUACCGUGACUGGGUCUGCCCCAACAGGCCCUGCAUCAUCCGAAAUGCCCUGCAGCACUGGCCGGCCCUCCAGAAGUGGUCCCUCCCCUACCUCAGAGCCACAGCGGGCUCCGCAGAGGUGAGUGUGGCGGUGACCCCAGAUGGUUACGCGGAUGCCGUGCGAGGGGACCGCUUUGUGAUGCCUGCCGAGCGCCGCCUGCCCCUGAGCUGUGUGCUGGACGUGCUGGAGGGCCGAGCCCAACACCCCGGGGUCCUCUACGUGCAGAAGCAGUGCUCCAACCUGCUCACCGAGCUGCCCCAGCUGUUGCCUGAUCUGGAGCCCCACGUGCCCUGGGCCUCUGAGGCGCUGGGAAAGAUGCCUGAUGCUGUGAACUUCUGGCUGGGGGAGGCAGCUGCAGUGACAUCGUUGCAUAAGGACCACUAUGAGAACCUCUACUGUGUGGUCUCGGGAGAGAAACACUUCCUGCUGCAUCCACCCAGCGACCGGCCCUUCAUCCCCUAUGAGCUGUACACACCGGCAUCCUACCAGCUAAGCGAAGAGGGCUCAUUCAAGAUGGUGGAUGAAGAGACCAUGGAGAAGGUGCCUUGGAUCCCACUGGACCCCUUGGCUCCAGAUCUGGCCCAGUACCCCAGUUACAGUCAGGCCCAGGCCCUUCACUGCACAGUGCAGACUGGCGAGAUGCUCUACCUGCCCGCCCUGUGGUUCCACCACGUCCAGCAGUCCCAUGGCUGCAUGGCCGGUGCUGCCCGUCAUUCCUUCCUCCUGAGGAUUCUCUGCCUCAUGGCUCUGGCAAAGGUGCCUGGGACCUGCUUGCUCACCAUUCAUGUCCUGCAGGCCCAUGGCCUGCCCUCCAAGGACCUAGUGACUGCCUCUGACUGCUACGUGACUCUGUGGCUGCCCUCGGCCUCCAGCCACCAGGUCCAGACACGCGUGGUCAAGAACAGCAGAAACCCCAUCUGGAAUCAGAGCUUUCAUUUCCGAAUCCAUAGCCAGCUCAAGAACAUUGUGCAACUCCAAGUCUUUGACCAGGACCUUCUGACCCAGGAUGAUCCUCUGUUGUCGGUGCUGUUUGAUGUGGGGACUUUGCAGGCUGGGGAGUCCCGGCGUGAGAGCUUCUCACUGAACCCUCAGGGCAAGGAGCAGCUGGAAGUUGAAUUUCGGCUGCAGAAUCUGACCGGCUGUGCUGAGCGCCUCGUCAGUAAUGGCAUCCUGGUGGCCCGGGAGCUCUCCUGCUUGCAUGUUCGACUGGAGAAGGCCGGGGACCAGCAGGGGUUGGAGGGCGGAGUUCAGCUCGUGGUUCCCGGGUCCUGUGAGGGUCCGCAGGAGGCCUCCGUGGGUGCCGGCUCCUUCCGCUUCCAUUGGCCGGCCUGCUGGGAGCAGGAGCUGAGUAUUCACCUGCAGGAUGCGCCCCAAGAGCAGCUGAAGGUGCCUCUGAGGGCACUGCCCUCUGACCAAGUGGUGAGACUUGUCUUCCCUACAUCCCAGGAUCCCCUGAUGAAGGUGGAGCUGAAAAAAGAAGAAGGACCGAGGGAGCUGGCGGUGCGGCUGGACUGCGGGCCCUGUGCCGAGGAGCGGGCCUUCCUGAGCAGGAGGAAGCAGGUGGUGGCCAAGGCCCUGAAGCAGGCCCUGCAGCUGGAUGGAGACCUGCAGGAGGAUGAGAUCCCAGUGGUAGCUGUUAUGGCCACUGGUGGUGGGAUCCGGGCCAUGACUUCCCUAUAUGGGCAGCUGGCUGGCCUGAAGGAGCUGGGCCUCUUGGAUUGCAUCUCCUGUAUCACAGGGGCCUCGGGCUCCACCUGGGCUUUGGCCAACCUCUACGAGGACCCAGAGUGGUCUCAGAAGGACCUGGCAGGACCCAUUGAGUCACUGAAGAUGCAGGUGACCAAGAGCAAGCUGGGCGUGCUGGCCCCCAGCCAGCUGUGGCGGUACCGGCAGGAGCUGGCUGAGCGUGCGUGCCUGGGUCACCCGACCUGCUUCACCACCCUGUGGGCCCUCAUCAACGAGGCGCUGUUGCAUGACGAGCCUCACAACCACAAACUCUCAGACCAGCGGGAGGCCCUGAGCCGUGGCCAGAACCCUCUGCCCAUCUACUGUGCUCUCAACACCAAAGAACGGAACCUGACUACCUUUGAAUUUGGGGAGUGGUGUGAGUUCUCCCCCUAUGAGGUCGGCUUUCCCAAGUACGGCGCCUUCAUCCCUUCUGAGCUCUUUGGCUCCGAGUUCUUCAUGGGGCGCCUGACAAAGCGGCUUCCUGAGUCCCGCAUCUGCUUCCUCGAAGGCAUCUGGAGCAACCUGUACGCAGCCAGCCUCCAGGACAGCUUGUAUUGGGCCUCUGAGCCCAGCCAGUUCUGGGACCGCUGGGCACAGGCUCAGGCCAGCCUGGACAAGGAGCAGGUCCCCCUUCUGAAUAUAGAAGAGCCUCCCACAGUGGCCAGCAGGAUAGCUGAGUUCUUCACUGACCUUCUGACAUGGCGUCCACUUGCCCAGGCCACCCACAAUUUCCUCCGUGGCCUCUCUUUCCACAAGGACUAUUUCCAGCAUCCUCACUUCUCUGCCUGGAAAGCCACCAAACUGGAUGGUCUCCCCAACCAGCUGACACCUGCAGAGCCCUUCCUUUGCCUGUUGGAUGUUGGCUACCUUGUCAACACCAGCUGCCCACCCCUCCUGCGGCCCACACGGGACGUGGACCUCAUCCUGUCGCUGGAUUACAACCUCGAUGGAGCCUUUCAGCAGCUGCAGCUCCUGGAUCGGUUCUGCCAGGAGCAGGGCAUCCCAUUCCCGUCCAUCUCACCCAGCCCCGAGGAGCAGCGCCAGCCCCGUGAGUGCCACCUCUUCUCGGACCCUGCCCGCCCUGACGCCCCUGCCGUGCUGCACUUCCCGCUGGUCAAUGCCUCCUUCCGGGAGCACUCAGCCCCAGGGGUCCGGCGGACGGCCGAGGCGCAGGAGGCCGGGGAGGUGAACCUGUCUUCUUCCGACUCCCCCUACCACUACUUGAAGGUGACUUACAGCCGGGAGGAUAUGGACAAGCUGCUCCGCCUGACGCACUACAACAUCUGCAACAACCAGGAGCAGCUGCUGGAGGCCCUGCGUGAGGCCGUGCGGCGGCGCAAGCAGCGCCGGGCCGAGUGAUGGGCGGGAGGAUGCCACGCCCCAGCCCCACGGCCUCUGACUCUUUUUCAGGCUCCCUUCUUGGCCGCCUUGCUGCUCCGGUUGAGUUGGGGUGGAGACCGUCAUCACCAAGUUCAGAGCCUCUGGCAGUUUGGACGGCCCAGUUGUGGUCGCCAGCCCUCUGAAGGUGCCCAGCACCACCCAGACGUGGCACUGAAACCACCAGCACCCCUGCCACAGACACCCUGGGGUAGGUUGAGGGUUUUAAACAGGGGCUGGGGCCUCGUCUCCAUGAUGUGGCUGGAGAAGAUUCAGAGGCUCUGUGGCAGCGGGGGUGAGUGGGGCAGUCUGGGCCAGAUUUGUGUACACACACAAAACCCCAUGACCUAAGUAAGUGUCCUUUCCCUUCCUUGCUACCUUGAGUAGCUGUACGGAGUGAAAUAAAUAGAGCAUCUUAAGUAUUACAGAGGCCCACACAAACGUGAGGCAUUAUGGAGAUUACUGUCAUUGCUUCCAAGAAGGGACAGGUCAUCCUGCCUCUUGGUUACCCAUGGCAAGGUCUGGUUUAGGAAACAAAACCUCUCCCCAGGCACCUUAUAGAGCUGGCAAGUCAGCUUGGGAAGCGCAGGCUGUGAGCUCAUGGCAGUGUCUACUCCACUCCGGCCCUCUCUCCAAGCAGAGAGGUGGCCAGUUUAGCCUGGGGGGUUGGGGGGGGGUCUUGCUGCUGCAGCCCUGGCCCUGCCCAGGUGACUCGCAGGCAGUGACAGCCAGCACCCCUGUCUUCCUCACCCAGGGACUCAGGCAAAGGGCUGUUUCCUGUCCCAUGAUUGAUAGGGGUAGGCCAGACCUGGGAUCAGAUGAGCCAAAGACAGACCAGUGCUAACGGCGUGACUUCAGCAAGCUGUGACCUUGGUGGGGCCUGUCUCCUAAUCGUCUAUUCCAGAUGUUGGUCCCAGGGGUCUGAUAGCUGGGUCUCCUGGUCCCCUUGAGGGUGUCCUCGCUUGUAGCCCUGAGGUUUGGUGCCACCUGCAGGUUCGCUUCAGGGCCCAGACCUAUUGGGAGAACAGGGAGGUGGAGUGAAUUUAGGGCCUAGCUUCCCCAGAAUCUUCUCCAGGCACUGGUGCCCCAGGCCUCUGCACCUCCUCCUAACAUCGAUGUGGGAUGUGGCUACUGGGAGGCAGCUGCGGGAGGGACCGUGAUGUGCAGGGGGGAUGGGAGAUGACUGGUUCCCAUGAUCCAACUCACUACCUCUGUCUGCCUUGGGCAUGUGGCUGGAGGCACAGAGCAGAAGAAAUGGCUGCUCUGAUGACCUUAGAAGCCACCAUGUCCUGGAUAAGGCCUGAUGACUCAGCAGCACAUCUGAAUCAUAAAGUAGAAGUUGUAGGCCCUGUAGGAGUGGAUAAUUAUACCAGACACCACAGCUGGCUGCCACCCCUGCUGUGAUGUGAGUCCUCAGGCACAAGGCUGUGUGUGUAGUCUGUGUACUGUGUCGUGUGUAGGUCUGUUCUGUGUGUGAACCUGUGUGUGGGUCUUGGGGUCUAUGGGUGUGUGUCUGGGUGACAUCCUGACUUCCGGGCUCUCUGGGAUAGUAAGGCUCCUCCCCUUCCCCCCUGGAGCAGGGACCUAGUCCUUGGACUGGGGAAAAGCUGGGAGGAUGGAGACAGAGAGCGGAGACAGGAGCAAGGGUGCAGAAGGGGUCUGGUUGCCUUGCAAGCAGUACUGUAUCUUGGAGAGGAAGGACAGGAGGAGAGCAAGGAGGGGGUGUGUGUGUGUGUGGGCGCCCGGGAGGCAUCCUGGCGUGUGCAAAGGGAAGCCAGGUGCACUCACCGUGGGUCUGGCCCGAGCAAGACAGCUGGCGGGAGCCUCGUGCAGUUUCCUCUGCGGGAGCCCACGGGCCGAGGGUGGCUGUCGGCGCAGUCGUGUCUCCCUCGGCGAGGAGGGCGGGGGCAGCCGGGGAACCUGGGGGGAAAGGGAGCCUCAGGUCUGGACUCUGUCAUCACUGCUGAGACCGUGACAGGGCGGGGGUGGCCCCACACCUGAGCAGUGUAGUUUGAGUCCCAGGACCUUCCUUGGGCUUAAGAGGGCAGCAUCUGUGCCAGUCAUGGGGGCUCGGGACUCCUGCCCACACACCCAGGUGCCCUACCUGAGCGGAGCGGCUGGGCCGGGCACCCUCUCAGCAGAGCGCUCAGCCGGGAAGUCCAAGGGUCUGGCUCGGAGCUCCGGGCUCAGACUGGGGGCUGCAGAGCCAAGGAAGAACAGCAGUCAGCCUGGCCCGGGGGUUGGCCAUCUGCAGCAGAAGACUCCAUGCCUGCUCCUUCCUCCUUGUCAUGGCCUGAAAUCCUACCCCGAAGCUGAUGGUAUUAAGAGGAGGGGCCUUGAGGUGACUUCUUAGCCUCCAGAACUGUGAGAAAUAAAUGUCUGUUG